AUGUCCAAUGAGGGUAUUAGGGUUGAUCCGACGAAGGUUGAGUCUAUUCGUGGUUGGGACAGACCCACUUCUGUUAUUGAGGUUCUUAGCUUUGUCGGCUCCUUUGAUCGGUUGACUCGCCAGAAUGUUCCCUUUUUAUGGUCGGAGGAGUGUAAGAUGAGCUUUAUGAAGCUAAAGGAGUUGCUUAUUAGCGCUCCUAUGUUGACUCUUCCGAUUGAGGGAGAGUACAUCAUGAACCAGGGGUACCUUAAUUUGAGGCAGCGUUGUUGGAUUGAGCUCCUGAAGGAUUAUGAUCUCUCUAUUCUCUAUCAUCCGGGCAAGAUGAACGUGGUAGCGGAUGCCUUGAGCCGGAAGGCGGUGAGUAUCGAUAAUCUAGCCUUCUUAUCAGUGGGGGAGAGACCCUUGGCUUUGGACAUUCAGUUUUUUGCCAAUAGCAUGGUUCGAUUAGAUAUCUCAGAUUCUAGACGCGUCUUGGCUUAUAUGGGAGUUCAAUCUACUUCGCAUGAUAGGAUCCGUGGUUGUCAGUUUGAGGAUAAGUCCUUGGUGGCCCUUAGAGAUCGAGUGUUAGCGGGUGAUGGAAAUCAGGCUACCUUAGAUCCUGAUGGAGUGUUGAGAUUCGCCGGUCGCAUCUGUGUCCCGAGAGUUGGGGAUUUGAUACAGCUGAUACUUUCUGAGGCUCAUGAGUUUAGAUAUUCUAUCCAUCCGUGUACAGCGAAAAUGUAUCGUGAUUUGAGACAACAUUACUGGUGGAGUAGCAUGAGACGAGAUAUUGCUGACUUUGUUUCUCGUUGCUUGUGCUGCCAGCAAGUAAAGGGUGAGCAUUUGAGGCAUGGUGGUGAAUUUCAGAGAUUACCCAUUCCGUAA